UCUCCCCGCCGCCUGGUGCCGGGGACUCGACAGCCAAUGGGCGGCUGGCGUCCCCUCAGCCUCCGUGUCAUCCGCACAGCGAGGACGCAGUUGCUGCGGACGCGCGGCCGACGUCGGCCGCUCUCAAUCGGAUACUCUCCCCGCCCGCUUCUCUUCCAGCCUGACGUCCCCGCCGCCGCGGCUCCCCCCCGCCGUGCCCAGGUUGCGUCUGAGGGCUCACUUUCUGCUUACGGAUCCAGUAUGACGACCGUUACAUCACUUUGACCCGAAGACCACUAAAAACAAAACGCCGAAGGAGGGAGGAGGAGGGGCAAGGGGCUGAGGAGCCAAAGCCCGGUCGCCAUGGAGACGCUGUGCGUGUUGAUGGCGCUGUGGGUCGCCGCCCAGGUGGGCACGGCCCCCGCCACGGGGCUGAGGCCGGCGCGAAAGACUUUGGCGGGACACAAGAUGCCGACAGGCUUGACGGGGCAGGACGCCAACGGGGUGCCGCUCAGGCGCUCCAAGCGAGGAUGGAUGUGGAACCAGUUCUUCCUGCUGGAGGAAUACACCGGCAACGACAUGCAGUAUGUUGGGAAGCUCCACUCGGAUUCGGACCGCGAGGACGGCAGCGUGCGCUACGUGCUGACGGGCGACGGCGCCGGGACGCUGUUCAAGAUCGACGAGAAGUCAGGCGACAUCCACGCCACCAAGCGCCUGGACCGCGAGGAGAAGGCCUACUACGUGCUCCACGCCAAGGCCGUCAACCGUUUCACCAACGAGGCCCUGGAGGGCGAGUCCGACUUCAUCAUCAAGAUUCACGACAUCAACGACAAUGAGCCGCGCUUCACCAAAGACCCCUACAUCGCCAGGGUGCCCGAGAUGGCCGACAUCGGCACUCCCGUCAUCCAGGUGACGGCGCUGGACGCUGACGAUGCCACCUACGGGAACAGCGCCAAGGUGGUCUACAGCAUCCUGGAGGGGCAGCCCUACUUCUCGGUGGACCCCGAAACCGGCAUGAUCAAGACGGCACUGCCGGGCAUGGACCGAGAGGUCAAGGACAAGUACCAAGUGGUGAUCCAGGCGAAGGACAUGGCCGGACAGAUGGGGGGUCUCUCUGGGACCACCACGGUCAGCAUCACCCUGGCAGACGUCAACGACAACCCGCCGCGCUUCACCAAGACUCUCUAUGAGUUCAAGGUGCCCGAGUCCACCGCGUUAGGCUCGGCGGUGGGCGUGAUCCACGCCGUGGACAAAGACAUCGGCGAAAACGCCGAGUUGGACUACAGGAUCAUCGGGAGCGACGGGCCCGGGAUGUUUGACAUCGUGACCAAUCGCAGCACGCAGGAGGGCGUCAUGGUGCUCAGGAAGCCGCUGGACUUUGAGCGCAAACGUCAAUUCAGCCUGCGCGUCCAGGUGGAGAACCUCCACGUCAACCCUCGCUUCUUCUCCAUGGGCCCCUUCCGAGACGAAGCGUCCAUCAAGGUGACGGUGGAGGACGUGGACGAGCCGCCCGUGUUCGAGCGCACCAGCUACAUCAUGGAGGUACGGGAGGAUACGGCCCCCAAAACCGUCAUCGGUACCGUCAGCGCCUCCGACCCGGACGUCAAGCGGAGUCCUGUCAGGUACUCAAUCGACCGGCGCACCGACAUGGACCGCGUGUUCGACGUGCACGCCAUCAACGGCUCCGUGUUCCUCCUGCGGGAGCUGGACCGCGAGGAGAACGCGUGGCACAACAUCUCAGUCGUUGCCUCCGAAUUCAACAACAUGCACCAGAUGAGCCGCGUGGUCGUCUACAUCAGGGUGCUCGAUGUCAACGAUAACGCGCCGACCUUCGCCACCAACUACGAGACAUUCGUGUGCGAAAACGCCAAAGCUAAUCAGAGAAUCCAGACGGUGAGCGCCACGGAUCCAGACGAGCCGGUAGGAGGACAUCGCUUCUUCUUCAGUCUGGCCCAGGAGGCUAGCGGCAAGGCCAACUUCUCUGUCCGCGACAACAAAGACAACACGGCGUGGAUCCUGACGCGGAGGAACAGCUACAGCAGCCUCCUGAAGAGCGUCUACCAUGUGCCUGUGGUCAUCUCAGACAGCGGGAACCCCAUUCAGAGCAGCACCAGCACGCUGACGGUCCGCGUGUGCACGUGCGAUCGCGAAGGCAAUAUGAAGCUGUGCAACGCCGAGGCGCUCACAGCCAGGGCCGGGCUCAGCACCGGGGCGCUGGUGGCCAUCUUGCUCUGCGUCAUGAUCCUGCUCAUGAUCGUGGUUCUGUUCGCCGCCUUGAGGAGGCAACGCAAGAAGGAGCCUCUGAUCAUCUCCAAGGAGGACGUGCGGGACAACGUGGUCAGCUACAACGACGAGGGCGGCGGCGAGGAGGACACGCAGGCCUUCGACAUCGGCACGCUGCGCAACCCGGAGGCCAUCGAGGACGGCAAACAGAGGCGGGAUAUCGUGCCCGAGGCCUACUACCCGCCCGUCCGCCGGCCCGCGCCCCACUCGGCGCGGGACAACAACGGCGACGUGCGGGACUUCAUCAACCAGAAGAUCCAGGACAACGACUGCGACCCGACGGCGCCGCCUUACGACUCGCUGGCCACGUACGCCUACGAGGGCAGCGGCUCGGUGGCCGAGUCGCUCAGCUCGCUGGAGUCGGCCACCACGGAGGGCGAGCAAGACUACAACUACCUGAGCGAGUGGGGGCCGCGCUUUAAGAAACUGGCCGACAUGUACGGCGCCGACGAAAGCGACCGGGAUUCGUAACGAUGUCUCGCCGCGUUGGCUGGCGAAAGGACAUUCGAAGAACCCUUUUGAGUGGAAGUAGGCCUCGUGUGUCCCGUCAGCUGUUAGGGCAAGGGGUGUCCAAACUGCGGGGCCAUUCUGCAGCAGCAUAUCCUCCAAAAAUGCUUUCAUCACAGCUCAUGACACUAUUUCACAAAAGAAAAAUAACAAAUUGGUUUUCGAUAGAGCAGGGGUGACUGAACCACGGCCCAUGUCCAUUUUUUUGUUUGUUUUUUUACCAGGACAUAACAACAAAUAUUUGAUACAACCGGUCAAAAAAGAAAAAGGAUGGGGGUCGCAACACACCUUAAAAUUAUUACACAAAACAAAACCUCAAUAAUAGCAGAUGAAUUGAAAUAACUGAUAGGUAUUACAGAACAAAUAAUUUUUUUUAGAUGAUUUGUUUUCGAAAAAAAACAUGUAAACUCCUUUUUUUGUUUAUUACACCUUUAUUACGACAAAAAUUAAGACAACCCUUCUCAACACGUGUUACAAUUAAUAAAUUUCACGUUGAAAAUAAAUACAGCGAUGUAAAUCCCGAUUGCAGAAAUGCACGCUCGUUGCCAUGACUAUCAUUCUUUUUCGCCUUUCAUUUCGAAGACAAAGACGAAGAACGGUAGUCGUGGCAACUAGCCGACGCAUCCCCAACAAGAAUUUACGGCACCAAAAGGCGC